AUGCUGCUCAAUGCUAAUACCGCCCUCGCUUCCUUCAAAGCCCUUUUAGUUCCCUACUCAUCAUGGCAUGUCCCCCGAUACCAUGAAUGGAUGCAAGACCCAGAAAUCCAAGAAGCAACAGCCUCAGAACCUCUAACCCUCGAAGAAGAAUACUCAAUGCAACGCAGCUGGCGCCAAGACCCAGACAAACUCACCUUCAUCAUCUGCCGCGCGCUCAACGACUCCAUCCCCAGCCAAUCCCAGCUGCAACCCGACAGUGACUCGCCAUCCAACAUGGUCGGGGACAUCAAUCUCUUCCUGCGCGUCGACGACGGCGAAGAGGGCGAUGACGAGCCGCAGAUCAUUGGCGAGAUUGAGCUUAUGAUUGCCGAGAAGGCGAACCAGAGAAGAGGGUUCGGGAGGGCGGCGCUGCUUAUGUUUUUGAGGUAUAUUGUGGCUAAUGAGGAGGCUAUUUUGGAGGAGUUUGUUGGUGGGGCUGGGCUUGGGGUUGAAUGUGUUAGGAGGUUAAGGGAUGGAGGGUUGGGGGUUGCUUGCUUUAGUGUUAAGAUUGGGAAGGAGAAUGUGAGGAGUUUGGCUUUGUUUGAGAGUGUUGGAUUUGAAAAGGUGUCGGAGGAGGCGAAUUUCUUUGGGGAGUUUGAGUUGAGGAUGGGGGUGCUGCAGGCUGAGGGUGUUGAUCGGUUGCUUGGGAUGGCGGGUAUGGAUGGGGUUGUGGAGUUGGCUUAUAAGAGGGUGGAAUAG